AUGAAGAGAAAACUUUCACGAACCUGCCGACUAAAGUCUCCGGUAAAAGCUGCCAUUCUGAAAAUCGAAGAUCAAUUUAAAGAGUUAAGAAAAUUGGUCUUGAAAGAAUCAGCGAAAGUUCAAAAUGCAGUUAAGAAUAUUGCAAAUCUGCUCAAAAAAACCAUUAACGGUAAACCUUACAAUAGUCUUGAGGAUUAACUAAGCGAAAGUUUUUCUAGAAUCUGUCCCGAUUUAGUUUAGCUAAUUAAACUAAAAAUACUUUUUGUUAUAAUAGGCAAGAACUGCGCUGAUUUAUACAAAAAGGGAAUAAAAAAAAGUGGAGUUUAUCAGAUUAAUCCAGAUAACAAGGGCAUUUUCAAUGUCUUCUGUGAUAUGACAACAUCCGGGGGAGGAUGGGCUGUGUUUCAACGCCGUCAUGACGGAAGUGUUGAUUUUUACCGAGGAUGGCAAGAUUACAAACAUGGUUUUGGUGAUUUGAAAGGAGAAUUCUGGCUCGGGCUGGACAAAAUCAACAGACUAACAACCGCUGCACAAAAUUAAUUUCGUAUUGACAUGGAGGAUACAUCUGGAAACAAGAAAUACGCAGAAUAUGAUUUCUUCGCUGUCACUAGUGAGCAAAAGAAAUAUCAAUUGAGUCUUGGAACGUAUGCUGGUA